GAAAUCCACAGAUCGAUCUGUGUCUAUAAUAGCGUUUCAGUCUCAAGGUUUCUACUUCUGUUUGGCGGGACAGGGUAAUGAAGAAAAAAUGGAUGUAAUAGCCCGAAGCUGUGUCCUAUUUUUGUGGCUGCAAACUUUGACCUUCGUGACAAGUCAAGCACCCUGUACACUUCAACAGUUUAUUACUGGCGAAUAUUAUGAUUCAAAUUUUGACACAACUGGCAUGGCAGACAGCUACCCUGGUGGAAAACAAGUGAGAGUGCCCUGCAAUGUUGGCUACAGUGGCUUUUUUAAGCUGGUCUGUAUCGAGGGGAAGUGGGAGUCUCGAGGCACUAAAUGUCACCUGAGACCAUGUGGUCACCCUGGCGAUGCACAGUUUGGAGAAUUUCACCUGGCAGAUGGAAAGACUGAAUUUGUCUUUGGAUCAAAAGUUGUAUACACCUGCCAAAAAGGUUAUCAAAUGAUCAGUCGCAAAAACUACCGACUUUGCACAGCUGAAGGCUGGGAUGGUACGGUUCCUAUUUGUGAAGCCCAACAGUGCCCAGUGUUUCGUGUGGACAGUAAUGUGCAGGUGAUUGGGGACCUAGAGGAAGCAACCUAUGGCAAUGUAGUUCAAUUCAGCUGCAAGUCCAGACAUGAAAUCCUGAAUGGGUCACCAGAGCUGCAUUGUAAUGAACAAGGAGAAUGGAGUGGCAAAGUUCCAACAUGCAAAGAGAUAACAUGUCCAGUACCCGAGAUUGAAAAUGGUAAUGUGCCUGGCACUAAUCGAGAAUACAGAGAAAAUGAAGUGCUGCGCUUUGAGUGUAACGAAAAAUUUCAACCUACUGAGGGCAUACCUUCAAAAUGCAUUAAAACAGGAUCGAAAGCCGAGUGGAGCCCGACUCCUCUGUGUGAACUAAUAAAAUGUAAACUCACUAAAAUGGAAGCAACCCGGUAUGAACCUCCUUAUAGAAAUGUGUUUUCACCUGGUGAAACGCUGACAGUCUAUUGUGCAAGGACAUCCUGGAUUUCUACCCCUCAGGAAACCUCAACAGUAACUACAUGCGAAGCGAAUGGACAGUGGUCUAUCAGUCCGACAUGCAAAGAGGUGACAUGCUUCGGCCGAAAACCAGAACAUGUGAACUACUGGGGUGUGAGUUCUUGGAGAGCCACGAAAUUGGAUGAGACUAUAAGUUAUUCAUGUCAGGAAGGCUACAAGACUUCAGCUGUUAACAAACGGGCCAAAUGCACCAGAAAUGGGUGGACGCCAAAUCCACCUUGUGAAGUAAUAACAUGCAGAAAAGAGAAUAUCCCGGGUGCAGUUAUUGUCGACACUGACAAGGAAAUAUACAGAAACAAGGAAAAAGUCAUUUAUGCCUGCGGCGAAGGUGGUCGGGGAAGAAUAACUCGAACCUGUGGAGCAGACGGUUGGACCGGGAGUACACAAUGUGAAGUGAAACCAUGUCCACUUCCACGCAAAGAUCCCGAUGGAUUUUUUCGUGGUCCAUACGAUCAUACACGACUGUACUAUACCUGCAACGAUGGUUAUAAGCUUUCUAAGGAAGGCUGGUGGGCUGAGACCAAAUGUGUUGAUGAGAAGUGGACUGAACUAACACCAUGCAUCAGAGAUACAGAUUGUGGAAAGUUUCCUGAGAUUCCAAAUGCAGAAGUUGGACCUACGCACCAAAGUGUCCAGAUUACAUGUAACCAAGGAUACCAAGCUCAGGCUAACAGCUUUACUUGUACAGGUGGAAAUUGGGAUUUAAAAGGAUUAUCACCUGAUGAGAUUUGUAAACCAAUUGGUCCCUGCGGUCCCCCACGUGAGGUUGAGAAUGCUGUUGUUGUGACUUCCUAUCAGAAGGAAUACUUGUCUGGCUCUGAAGUAACUUACCAGUGCCGUAAUAAGUAUAUUCCAUUGGAGGGAGUGGACAAGACUCGAUGCACAAAUGGACAAUGGGACAGGGAGAUUGAGUGCACAUUAUUCUGUGACAAGCUUGAAGAUAUUACCAUCAACUUCACUGCAAACAAAGAGAAAUACAUGGAUGGGGAAAACAUAAAGUUUGAAUGUGUCGUCGAUGGCGCUGAAGGCAUGGCAACGUGUAACAAUACCAAGUGGGUUAAAUCACUAAAAUGUACAGUUAAGCCAUGUGAAGGUUCUGCUGAAAUUCCCAAUGGUCGUUUUGAAAUUAUCGAGGGGGAAGAGUUAGUUUUUGGAACAAAAAUCAAAUACUUUUGUGAUACAGGGUAUAAAAUGACGAGUAAAGAGACCACAAGGAUUUGUUUGCUGAACGGAUGGAGCAAUCACGUGCCAACAUGUGAACCUGUGAGCUGUGACCCUCCAACUGCUGAUGGACGGUUAAUAGUAAAAGGUUUACCAAAUAAUGACAAUCCCAUUCUCCCUCGCUACUCCAUCGACUUCAGCUGUAGUGAUCCUGGGAGUAAUCUGAUUGGCAGUGAACGUCUGGUCUGUGGUGAAGAUGGACAGUGGGAUGAUCCAUUCCCUUCUUGUGAAGAAAUCACUUGUGAAGUUGGAGUGAUGCCCCCUCAUGUCGAUGCAGUGGGACUUCCACCAGGAACUAAUACAGUCAAGGCUGGAUAUAAAAUACAGUUUGAAUGUGACAAUAGACGUCCAGUAGAUGGACCUGCAGAAAUUGAAUGUUUGAAAACUGGGGAGUGGAGUGCUGGCUAUCCAACUUGCGAUGACAAAUGUACAUUGAAAGAUGUGUCAAACACCGUACGCAUGACUCCAAGGGUUUUACCAAACAAUCAACUGAGAAAAGGACAGAAGUUGCGUUUUGCUUGCACCAAUCGUGGAGACUCCCUUCUAGGGGAAGCAGAGGUUGAAUGUCUAGAACACGGACAGUGGAGUCAUGACUUCCCAACAUGUGGAGAUGCUUUGACUUGUGGAAAACCACCAUACCUUGAGGAUGGAGACGUCACGACCAGUAGUAAUACCGAAUACAGCCAUGGAGAGACGGUCGAAUACAGCUGUCAGAAUUAUUACACUAUGCAAGGUGGGCCUCACAAAACCUGCAACAAUGGUGAAUGGAUUGGAUCUAUCACCUGCCUCAAACCCUGCACUGUCGAUAAACACAUCAUGGCGAGCUACAAUAUUAGAUUCAGAUAUUCACAUGAAGAGAAGCUGUAUUUAUCCCAUAAUGAUGUCAUUGUGUUCAGUUGUACCAGAGGAAGACCUGUCGGCACAGUGGAGAUGCGUCAAAGGUGUGUUAAUGGUCAGAUGGACUUCCCUACUUGCGAGUGAAAGCUUUUAAUCAACUGUCUUUAAUAAACAUGAACUGGCUGGACAAACAUGUUAAUGAUUAACCAGAGUAAACACUUAGACCAGUUAUGUCCUGAUCCAGUGUCCAUACUUCUCUGCUGUGUGUUGUCAUAUGAAUAAAACAUACAACGUCA